UCUUGCUAUGACGGUGACGGGAGCGCUGCAAACUGCAGAGCGCCCCGGGAGGUGAUGCGAUUCGUUUGUGGGUGUGAUAUCCCAGGGAUGAGCUCCUGCAGCAGGACAUAGAGAUAGAGGGUUGGUUGUUAGAGGAGGAAAGGGUGGGGGCAAACUGGCAAGGUCUGUAAAUAUCUGCCACUGCUUUUAGAGUGCCCGGCGUCUUGAGGAAGAGAGAACCUUGAAACAGCAAGGAUACAUUUGGCAACAUUGAUAACAAUUAGAACCACAACCAUUGUUUCCAUCGGCCGCUAACAGCUGAUCAGCGGUGACAAAUCCAGCUGUAAUCGCAUAUUCCAAGAACAGACAGGACUGAGCGUUAAACACCCCCGACCCUCGGCUAAAACAAGGCUGGUAAAGCCGAGGAAGAGUGGGGUGAAAAAAAUUUCCGAGAAAGGAGUGGGUGUAAGAUUGCGAAUCCAACAUGGGCCACCCUCCGCUGGAGUUCAGCGAUUGCUCCCUGGACAGUCCAGAUUUCAGGGAGCGGCUCAAAUCUUACGAGCAAGAGCUGGAGAGGACGAACAAAUUCAUCAAGGAAGUCAUCAAGGACGGCACCUCGCUCAUCAAUGCCAUCAAAAAUUACUCCUCUGCUGUGAUGAAAUUUUCACAAAGCCUGAAUGUAUUUCAGUUUGAAUUCAUUGGAGAUACAUUGACUGACGACGAAAUCAACAUUGCUGAAUCUUUCAAGGAAUUUGCAGGGCUGCUGCAGGAAGUGGAGGAUGAGAGGAUGAUGAUGAUUCAGAAUUCCAGUAACAUGCUCAUUAAGCCGUUGGAAAUUUUUAAGAAAGAUCACAUUGGAGUUGCAAAGGUAUGUGGUUAA